UCGUGUUUGUCUAUUUUUCAAUAUGGUGGGUAAAUGUCCAUGUCUGUAUAUCAAGUGCAAUUGACUCAACAAAAGUGAUAAAAAUUUAAUAAUUUUACCCUGUGCACCUUUGUUGUAUUUGAGUUGACGUUCAUUAAAGUAUUUAUAAGAAUUGUAUAUAGUGUUUUAAUAAACGAUUGUGAGAAUAAAAGUUUGAUAAUGAUCAUAAAUGAUCCAGAUGCUUUCAAAACUUGGCUCACUGCCAUUCUAGAACCUCUUUGUGAUGCUGAUCCCAGUGCUCUUGCCAAAUAUGUAUACGCUCUUUGUAAAAAGGAUCGUACUGAGAGUGAACUUAGGGAAUCAAUGCUUGAUCAGCUAGAUGUAUUUUUACAAACAGAUAAAUUAUCUGGAGUAAGAGUUCACAGUACAUAA